UAGGAACCAUCGCACCCGCUUGUUUUUGACGGACACAAUAUAGAAACGGACCGGGAUCCUUUACCCACGAUCCUCCGCAGCAAAUUCUUCCUUCCAACUUCCGCUUAAACUACGAGCCGGAAUGGCCCCGACCAAGAAAGGAGAGAAGAAGAAGGGGCGUUCAGCCAUCAACGAGGUGGUCACCAGGGAGUACACCAUCAACAUCCACAAGCGCAUCCACGGAGUGGGUUUCAAGAGGCGAGCUCCCCGCGCCAUCAAUGAGAUCCGCAAGUUUGCCAUGAAAGAGAUGGGAACCCCCGACGUCCGCAUCGACACUCGCCUCAACAAGGCGGUGUGGAGCAAGGGCGUGAGGAACGUGCCGUACAGGAUUCGCGUACGGCUGUCCAGGAAGCGUAACGAGGAUGAGGACUCUCCUAACAAACUGUACACCCUGGUCACGUAUGUCCCCGUCACAACAUGCAAAGGACUCCAGACGGUCAAUGUGGAUGAGAACUAAAUUUGUCUACCUGUGAAUGGAAUAAAUGUCGAAAACAGA